AGAAGAUGCCUACAAUAUUUCUCGGUUAAGUUCAGGAAUCUUUCUUAACGUUUGCCAAAAUGGGGAAUUGUUCUUUCAAAAGUAGUGUUGUUGUUAGUGCAGAUGAAACAGCAAAAGGGUUCAACCAGUUCAUCCGUGUCAUGACGGAUUCAGGUGAGAUUCUGAAGCUGAAAGGUCCUAAGUUGGCUGGAGAAAUCCUGCAUGAUUUUCCGGGACAUAAGAUUUGCGGAAAAGGUCAUGUUUCUUCACCCCUGUUAGAUCACCAGGAGCUUCUGGUUGGGCAUGUUUAUUAUCUCCUCCCUAUCACCAACCCGACCGCCGCCAAGGAUCGUUCUGGUGAUCAGGAGGAUGGAAAUGGUGGAAAAAACGACUGUCAGAUGGAAGAUAUGGAACCAGUUCGGAAGUCGACUAGUGCCGAAGCAGCAAUGGAGAUGGCAGCGAGUUUGGCGAAUGGACCGGCUCUGGAAGUUUUGCCACCACCUCAAAAGGGUGUUUGGAAGGUGAAGCUGGCUAUCACUCCAAAACAGUUGGAGGAGAUCUUGUCUGAGGAAGUGAAUACAGAGGCGUUGAUUGAGCAGAUGAGCAUGGCAGCAAAUAACGCUGUUUCAAGUGGUAGCGUUACGCCGAGGCGAUCCAAGAUCUCUUGGGGACUGAUUUUGAAGCAAAGGGUGCUUGGGAAUGUGUUUAAGGCCCAUAAUUCUCACAUUGAACAAGAUAAUGAAGUACAGGCAGUCAAUUUGUUCAAGAACAAUCCUAUCUACGAGUGUUAAGAGAUAGAACAGUUGGUUUGUUUGUUAAUCCACAAGUUAGCUAGA